AGCGAGAUAAGAAUUUAUUUUAAAUACGAGUGUGGUAUCACUGCGAAUCCGCCCGAUAGUAUUGCUAAAGUCAUUGACAGCGCGCGCGCCGGUGUCGGGCGCGAUUCGAACCGGUGUUUUAUAAAUCGCAACAAAGUGAGUGAGAGUGCACUAGAUAACAUGUAAAUAACAGAUAGCCGUGAUAAAACUAAGUAUUCGAAGAAACAAAAUGGAGAACAAUGAUCCACUAAUAAAUAAUGCGUUCAUGUUUAUAUAUGUGCGCCAAGAUAAACCAUGUGAAGAGAAAAUUGAGAACCUCGAGACUGUUUUGAACAAUGGUGCUGACAUCAACUACCGCGAUGCGAAUGACAAGAGCAACACUAUCUUACACAUUGCAGCUCAAAGAGAUGAAAAGGACGUCGUGGAUUACCUUAUAAAGAAAGGUGCUUUAAUAUUGUAUAAUACAGACAAUAUACCAAAAACACCAGUACAUAUCGCAAAAGAAAAGGAUACGCUCAUAAGCAAACAAAUAUACAACAUUUUAAUUGAGUAUGACAAGCACAGUUCCGAAGAUAAGAAUUCUAAAAAACUUCAAAUACAGUUAAAGAAAAGCUGUUCAUUGACGCAGCAAAAUAGCUGCGCCACUCCAGCUGAAAUCACUUACCCGAAGCGAGCAGGCACUUCAGGCGUCAGUGGACAGUUCUACGAAACAAAACUGUUGAGUUUAGUACUCCAUCGUGCACUACACGACAAAGUUAUUGAAGAAUGUUAUUUAGCAGCCAACAUCAGGGAUAUCGGAGACCUCGACGAUGUUUGCUUCAGAUUCAAGAUGCAAGAGGAUGGCAAGACGAAACAUGUCCUGUGUUUCACUCAAGCUAAACAUAGAGAAGACGUUGACAAAGCAAAACUUACCGUAACUAGUGUUAGAAGUACCUCAGGACAAUUCUGUUUAGUGAAAUACUUUGACAGUUUCUUAAAAAUUAGGCAAAAGUUCUUAACGAAAUCUAAAACCUAUGAUCCCAUGUUCGAAGCCGCGUACAGAUCAGCUCUGACCCUGGACUGGUUGGCAGCCGAAGACUUGAGGCAGAGAGAACUGGCUGCAGCAUUUGAGACUGAGCCCUCUCCAGCCCCUAGGAGCCUCUCCAUCGACUGUAUUUCGUAUGCACGACCGGCUUCGGGGAAGGUUGCUCGACUGAUGUUAGAACUUCUGAAAAAUCUAGAAGGUGAUGAAGGCACCAUAGUGACAGACCUAAUCCAAGCCUUAGUUCGUACGAAGCUGCUGGUAGAAACUUCCAUGUUGGAUGCCGAACCAGAUUUGGAAUCCCUGGUGAAGACUCCUAACGUGAUGAUGGGGGAACCUCACACGACCUUCCCGAGGAUACUGGCGAUGACGUGGAUGACUGUCACGGAUCCUGUCACUACGAAGAAGUUUGGAUGGUGUCCUGUUAAUAGGGUGAACAAAUACCUUUCGAUCAGCAAGCCUAUAUCAAUAGCGAAACAAAUGAAGGCUCUAGAGCCCGUUAUAGCAAGGGCCCGGUUUAUAAUGGAAGAGUUCAUUCAGCAUGUUACCCCUCUCAAUAUGUACCAAAAGAAGUUGCCAGAUAAUGCUGCAACCACCAGGACUUUGCCAACAACGUUGAAGAGAAUGGUUGGAAUGGUUGAAACUUCGAGCGACAUUACGAUAAGAGUUAGAAGUAACAAACGGACGCGGACUCCUAAUACCGUCCGUGCAAUUCACGUGGCUUUAGCACAAUCCGCUACAGCAGCACCCUUGUUGGAGGCUGACCCAUUGCCGAGCUUCCGUGAGGAGGCCCCGCCGAAAGCGACAGCUGCAGCCAGUUGUGCAGGCCUCUUUGUGCUGUGGCCUUUGUGCUUGUUUUGUACGCAAUAAAUGUGGUUUGUGAAAG